UCCAAUGAGCUCACAUCUUAAAUUCCAAGUUUCUGUAAACUAGCCAAGCAUGUCAACUUCUACUUCAACCACUCAACUGUUUCAAGAUUUUCUAGGGGACUUUUACUCAAGAAGAUUGCUGCUGCAAAACCCUCUACACCAAUCAUCAACUGCAGCAGCACCUCCAGCUCCUGUAACCAGCCAAGAUUCAUCAGAAACUUACACUGGGGACAACACCUUCGAUGCAAAUGUUGUUAUGGUCCUCUCAGUUCUCUUAUGCGCCCUGGUUUGCUCACUUGGAUUGAAUUCCAUCAUUAGGUGUGCAUUAAGGUGCUCUAAUUUAGCAGCUUCACAGACUUCUGGCGAUUCCUCAACUCGAUUAGCCAAUAAAGGAGUGAAUAGAAAAGCAUUAAAGACUUUUCCUACAGUAAACUAUUCACCUGACUUGAAGCUGCCUGGACUGGACACAGAGUGUGUAAUAUGUCUUUCAGAGUUCACACCUGGUGAACGUGUUCGUCUUCUGCCCAAGUGCAACCAUGGAUUCCACGUCCGGUGUAUUGACAAAUGGCUCAGCUCACACUCGUCCUGCCCUACAUGCAGGAACUGUCUGAUAGAAACGUGCCAAAAGAUUGUUGGGUGCAACCAGGCCACGUCAUCAGAACCUACACGGCCAGUACAAGAAACCAUUGUGAACAUAGCGCCACUAGAACCGGAAGAUUUGGUACGCACUUACAGAGGUGUCAGCUGAGAAUAGACAUUUUUUUUCUUCAAUUGUAGUUGAGCCUACAACUUGAAAGAUGGCAGUAAAAGGCCUUUGUUAUUCUAGGUUAACAACCACCGUUCUCAAGAAUUGUAUUGUAGAUGUAAAUUUUUACACAGUUUAAAAUCUUAACUGGUUCCAAUUUCUUUCCUUCCUCAAUGUCCACUGAAAUUGUAAAUUACUUCAAAAUUUCUAUAAAAUAAUAU